AAGUUCUACGACUUUGGUAGCCGGAAAAUACUACAAACUGCUUAACCAUCUUUUUUUCUUUUUUGAAGAAGAAGAAGCGACGGAAUUUGAACCGUAAAGCUCGUUAUUUACAAAUUAACAGUUUAGAUGUAAUGUCAUCUAUGCACAAGCCCCAUAUGAAAAUGACACCAUAAAGUUUAAUUUCUUCUAGUUAAUACUCUCAAUUCCAAAUCUGGGCUCGGAGAAGCAAGAAUUCCUCCUGAAAAUGGUGUACCAAUGUAGCAGUCUUGUAGCAGCUCAAUCGCCACCUCUAAUACAUCAAUCCCCUAAUUAUCCUCGCCCGCCCAGGAGAAUUCCAAACAGAGACAUGCCAGACUGCCGUAUUGAGAAACCUACAUCUGUUAAAUUUGGAAUUCAGCAAGCCAUAUCAGGUCUUGCAGCAUCAAUUGUACUAUUAUCUCAGACAGAUGUGGCGACAGCAACAAAUCUUUCUCAAAGCAAUAUAUCCCAGCUAGCAAGUGCUGCAGACAACAAGCUGGUUCUUCCUUCAGAGGCUGAUGAGGGAAAGGGAAUGCUGAUGUCGAUGAGAGGAAUGUCUGUAAAAAAUUUUGAUCCGACCAGAUAUGCUGGGAGAUGGUUUGAAGUAGCUUCCCUUAAGCGUGGAUUUGCUGGGCAAGGUCAAGAAGAUUGCCACUGUACUCAGGGCGUUUAUACAUAUGACAUGGAUGCACCUGCUAUUCAGGUUGAUACAUUUUGUGUUCACGGAGGACCUGAUGGUUAUAUUACAGGUAUAAGGGGGAAGGUUCAAUGCCUUUCUGAAGAAGAUAAGGAUAAGACCGAGACGGACCUUGAAAGGACGGAGAUGAUCAAAGAGAAGUGUUACCUUCGUUUCCCUACUUUGCCGUUCAUUCCCAAGGAACCCUACGAUGUACUAUCCACGGAUUAUGACAACUAUGCCCUUGUGUCUGGAGCUAAGGACAAAAGUUUUAUACAGAUAUACUCGAGGACGCCUAACCCGGGAGCAGAAUUCAUAGACAAGUACAAAUCUUCAUUGGCGGAAUUCGGGUAUGAUCCUAGCAAAAUCAAGGACACUCCACAAGACUGCGAGUACAUGUCGAAUAGCCAGCUUGCAGCGAUGAUGUCCAUGUCCGGUAUGCAGCGAGCUCUCACCAACCAGUUCCCUGAUCUUCAACUAGAUGGCCCUCUUGCUCUUGAUCCAUUCACCAGUGUUAUCGACACUCUCAAGAAGCUCGUCCAGCUUUAUUUCAAGCAAUGAUACUAUUCUCAUGUAAAUCUAUGUGUGUGUGAAUGACAACACUUGACCCACAGCACUCAAUUUUCAGUUCAUCAAGAAGAGGCAGUAAUACAGUACAGCUCAAUGUUAACAAGGAACAA